CAAUUUUGAUAUAAUAAAUAUUAUGAAUUCUUGUUAACUCGAUAUAAAAACCCAGUGUUUUUAUAGUUUAAAUCACUUUACAAGUUAAUAAACAGUAUUAAGAAUUUGAAACCGUCGUCACUCAAGUGGCAAAAAAAGUUUUAAAUUUGAAGUGUUUUAAAAUAAAGUUGAAUAAAUCCAAACUUGCUAAAGUGUUUAAAUGUGAACAAUGGAUUGGGGAGUAGCACUUUACUUUCAGUAUUUGGCUAUCCUUUGUGCAUAAAGGUCUUCGAAACUAUAAUGUCUGAAACACAAAGCAGACGGCGCGUUACAUAUACCCAACUGCAAAAUUUAUGGGAAUUUCUUAAAGAUCAUAGGGAAAUUGCAGUUGGGUACAACAAGUCUGCUCAAGCCCGAGAACACUCGAAACAGAUGUGGUUAAGAGUUGCAUCUGUAUUGAAUUCUGUAGGUGAAGGCGCUGUUAAGUCUGGCCCCGAAUGGUCUAAGUAUUGGUUGGUAGACCUCAAAGCUAAAAUAAAAAGAAAAAACCGCCUGAGGAGAGAUGCCUCGAGUCAGACAGGAGGAGGUCCAUCAAUUUAUGAAGAAUUGUCAGAAAUGGAUAUAAAGUUCCUGUCCAUUUUAGGAGCUGACUAUGGUUCUGGAUUACCUGGUGUACAAAUGCAACCAAUUCUGAUAGAAGAACCGCAACCUGCUGCUUACAAUCCUUCCCAACACAGCACCAGUGAAGGAAGAAGUGAGGAGGCAGUUUGGUUAAAUGUUGACUUAGAAGGAAAUAGUGAUGAUCUUACUACUGCAGUAUCGAGACCUAGUGAUACUGGUACAAAUACCGACAGUGGUACAACCCAGAUCAUAGAAGUACCAUCGACAUCAUCAGCCCAUAUUAUGGUGACAGAAAGAAUAGAAUCACCAAGACCAUCAACAUCAUCCAUUGAUAUGCAGAGCAAUGUCCCAUCGGGCAUUACUCAAUUUGUUGAAGGAAGGAAGUACCAAGAAGGAGGCGUCGAUUGCGACGACGUCACGUGUCCAUUGCAGAGGCAAGGGAGCAGUUGGUGGCAACUUCCAGGUCACGAGCAGAAGCAGAGUUAG